UAUUCUGCAGCGUCACUACGAGAGCUGCCCAGUUUCGUCCAUUCAUAGUUCUGUUCUUAUUUCUCAUUCGACAAGAAAAUCAUAUCCUCUUUUAUCAUCUUCCUCUAUGUCCCUUUCCAUUGUCCUGUCUUCUACCACCCCCAAGAAAUACAGUAAUAGUCCUUCCGUGACAAAAUAACCAUUGACAAAAUAAAUAACCAUUGGGUUUAACAUUUUUAUCUAUAAAAAACAUAAAAUAUUAAAUAAUAUUAACAAUGUCUUUUUCUCAAUGCUGUUUGUUUUGGUAGUAUUUGACUUCUCUUUCUCAGUUGUUUGUGGUUACUGUUUCGACUCCAACUAACACAAACUCGAGGUAACAGUAACUAACAAUGGACAAAAAACAAGGCUUCUUCUCCACACUCAAAGACGACUUAAUCAAAGGCCUGUUGCCGGCGAGCGGUGCUACUCCGAUUUCAACGUUACUCCGGCGGCGGAAGAAAGACCAUGUUCCUCCACUGGACUUGCUGUUUGCAGAAAGAUGCCUCUCAAGGCCACCGGUGGAAACAAUGUCGCCGUUGAAAGAGGGCCCCGAGGAAAGAGAAUGUAGCUUCUCUGUUUCCUCCUCUUCCGAUCUCAGGCUGCUGCUUGGUGUUCUUGGUGCUCCUCUGGCUCCUCUCCGUGUCAGCAUCACCGAGCCCUUUCCUCACCUUGCUAUCAAAGACAUUCCCAUUGAAACAUCUUCUGCUCACUACAUAUUGCAACAGUACAUAGCUGCUUCUGGGGGAUUGAAGCUUCAAGAUUCUAUUUACAAUGCUUAUGCAAUGGGAAAAGUGAGGAUGAUUGCUUCCGAGUUUGAGACGGCUAACAAGCUUGUGCGUACACGGAACCCCUCUAAAGCUGCACAAUCCGGUGGGUUUGUCCUGUGGCAGAUGAAGCCAGACAUGUGGUAUGUGGAGCUUUCUCUUGGUGGAAGCAAGGUUCAUGCAGGUUGCAAUGGGAAACUUGUGUGGCGCCACACACCGUGGCUUGGUCCUCAUUCGGCCAAAGGGCCACCUAGGCCUCUAAGACGCUCUCUUCAGGGUCUUGAUCCAAGAACAACUGCAAGCAUGUUUAUGAAUUCAAGAUGUGUUGGAGAGAAGAAGAUAAAUGGAGAGGACUGUUUCAUUCUCAAAAUAUGUUCCGAUCCAUCCACGUUAAAUUCCCGAAGCCAAGGUUCCACAGAGAUCAUUAGACAUGUUUUGCUAGGACACUUCAGUCAGAAAACAGGACUUCUUAUUCACUUGGAAGAUUCUCAUUUAACUCGUAUUCAGAACAACGGAGGCGAUGCUGUAUAUUGGGAGACAACAAUCAAUUCAUUUCUUGAUGAUUAUAGGCCUGUUGAAGGGAUAAUGAUUGCUCACUCGGGUCGUUCUCACGUAACACUUUUCAAGUUUGGAGAAACAGCAAUGAGCCACACAAAAACAAGGAUGGAAGAAGCAUGGAUAAUUGAAGAAGUGGCUUUCAAUGUCCCUGGCCUUUCUGUGGACUGUUUCAUUCCUCCAGCUGAGCUAAGAUUUGGUUCUGUGACUGAAACCUGCGAGGAGUGAUGCUGCAGCAGUGAAUGUGUAGCAAUGUUGAAAUUUCUGCAUUGGCCUCUGAAAACAUUUUAAUAGGGAGAAUCAUCAUCAUAUCCCCAAAAGUGAGUUCAAACAUUCCCUUUGGUGGAUGAUUUUGCACAGCAAGGUUUAUUUUAAACACUUGUUUUCAGUUUGGGAUUAGCUGAUCUUUACUGCACGGUAUCAUUAUUAGUCUUUCUGUGAAAAUAAUCAACUUGAAGAUCAAAUAUCACAUGAAUUAAUAUUUUUAGUAAAGUUAUUGAUGAUAUUAUUGAAGAAGUUGUUGUGAUAUAUAAUAAUUUUUUUGUCCCGCGAGGGAUAAAGAAUAUUUGGUAAUUUAGUAUCAUGUAUGAUGCAUGUA